UUUCAGUUAUUUUAGGUGCUUUCGGAGCCUCAGAUAAUACGGAAGCGUAUGUUUUGGGUGGUGUUCCUUUAUCUUUUUCUUCAUCAACUUUUUCAAUUUUUCCCGUCUGUUUUUCAUCCCCACUUUCUCCCUUUUCAGCUUCAGGAUUACUCUGAACUUGUUCAACAUUUUUUCCUUUUCCCCUUCUUUUCCUCACUCCUUCGGCAUGAUUUAAGAUUAAUAAAAAUAAAAUAAAAAUCCAAAAGAAUUUUAA